AUGGGAGAUUAUUCAGACGAAGAAGAAGAUUCUUAUGAGUCCAGCUCUUAUGAAUCCGACUAUGAUGAGCAAAACAAGAGUUGGUUCGAUGAAGAUGAUGGCUAUGAAGGACGAUCAUGGUGUGAGGAUUACUCUAGUUCAGAAUUUGGAUAUGAACCAGAUGGAGAAGAACGUGAACCCGAACCACCAGACCCAGCCCAAGACACCACGAGCCACCAAGGUUGGUACAGAGGAGAGACUGACCAAGAGAGCAAUGCCGACGAGCCCUAUGGAGAAAAGUCAUGGUGUGAGUCCGAAGAAGAGGAGACACACCAAGAAAAUAGGCCAUGGUGCGAGAUACCUUACUCUGACCCUGAGGAAGAGCACCAAGAAGAGGACAGACCAUGGUGCGAGAUACCCGAGGAUGAUUAUGACGACGCAUCAAACGAUGGAGUUAAACCAUGGUGUGAAGAAACUGAUUCCCAAAUCAGUUUAGACGAGUCUCAAGCAAGCAAUGGUGACGAACCAGAAUCUAAAGAAGAUUUUGCUCAGGAGAACGAAGCCAAAAGUGAGGCUGGAAGAGAUGAUUCCGGUGAAGAAUACACCGAAGCGGAUGAAGACGUAAGUGUGGUAGGAAGAGAUGAAGUCCGUUACAUAAACUUUGCAGGCCAUCACCAAGGACCAAAAGCUUAUUUGCGUUGGGAACAAGAGAUAGAAGAUUGGUUAUCAUCUAACCAAAUUCCGGAGAAAGAAAAGACGAUUUAUGCGGAGGACACCUUAACUGAGGAUGCCUUUAGGCAUUGGGAACAAGAUGCUUACAUACGACUUGAGUAUGAUGAACCAGAAGCUACGUGGGAAGAGAUGAAGCAGCUCAUGUAUGGGGAAUACGUGGAAAAGGCUGGAGAUGAGCUUCGGAGACAAAUUAAGGUCCUUACCAAUCCAAAGCCAAGGCGAAUGAUCGUAGUUGCAGCACCACAGCCUACACCUAAAAGUUUCUGCUGUCCUGGUCCAAAGAAAGUGUCACAAGACAUGUCAAAGAAGCCCAACAAGUCAACGGUUGCUUCACCAGCCAAGAGAAUUCAUCAAGAAUACAAAUCUGUAGCUCACAAGGCAGCUAAUAAGCCAUUACUUAAAGCACAAGGCAACAGCAACAAAGGUCCUAAAGAGAUUACACAUAAAGACGCUCCACUAGAGAAGAACUUGUUGUUAGACCAAGCUGAGCACAAAGAGGCAUCACCACCAAAGGUGAACAAGACCGAAGUUACCAAACGGGUAACGGCUACAAGGAAGAGGAGCCAUGCACCAGAGCAAAACAGAGGAGAUAUAGUUUCGAGGUCGAAACCUUUUCAAGAGGGAGAGUAUGAUGAGGACAUCAAGUCAUCAUCAACCAAGGAUCAGGGAGAAAACACCGACCAACCGACCAAGAACCCCGGAGAGAACAAACAUGAGCGUACCAAAGACAUAUGUGUCUUUCUUGCG